AGGAGGAGGAGGAGGAAGGGCGGAUGUGAACCAGAUCUUUAGUCAACCAGACGAGUAUCUCGAUAGAUCCAGUCCGGAUCCAUGGGGAUCCCAGUCGAAGCCUCGCGUUUGUCGAAGCCGCUGGAAUGAGAACGACGACGUUCACGGAUCGGAUCCGCUCAGCAGGAUGUAAACAAACCGCAGGGAGAGAAUGACGAGAGGAACAAAAGAGACUCGUUAUCAGCUACUAACUAGCAGCUAAACCUUAGCUGCCGACCUCACUGCUGACUUUACGAGCGUCUUUGUUUACCAACCGACCGGACUUGUGGGUGGCCAUGGCGGCGGUGGUUAGCUACUCUCCACCGUGGUGGGUCAACCUGCUGCACCGGCUCCCCCAUUUCAACCUCAUGUUCGAGCAAACCAGCAGUGACUUUCAGCCGGAGGACUGGACGUAUCAGCAGUCCAUCCUCCUACUGGGAGGCACGGCGCUGGUCUGCCUGGCCCUGGACCUCCUGUUCCUGCUCUUCUACUCCAUUUGGCUGUGCUGCAGGCGGAGCAAAACGGAGGAGCAGCCGUCAGCCGACUGCUGCUGCACCGCCUGGUGUGUCAUCAUCGCCACGCUGGUGUGCAGUGCUGGCAUUGCUGUGGGUUUCUAUGGGAACGGCGAGACUUGUGAUGGAGUGAACCGGCUGACGUACUCCCUGCGCCACGCAAACCGCACAAUCACUGGUGUGCAGUAUCUGGUUUCCAACGGUACGUCCUCGCUGAACCAAACCAUAGAUGACAAGCUGCAGCAACUCGAGAGCCAGUACGCGCAGAAUGCAGACUACCAGUCCAUCAUCCAAAAGCUGCAGGGCCAGCUGGACGAGCUCGUCAGACAGAUGGUGGAGAUUCCUUUCUGGGACAACACAAUCUCCCUGGAGGAGCUGGCUGUCAGGAUCGAGCUGUAUGACUGGUACAGGUGGCUGGGCUACCUUGGUCUGCUGCUGUUCGAUAUCCUCAUUUGUCUGCUGGUGCUGUUUGGCCUCAUUCGAAACUCCAAAGGCACCCUCAUUGGGGUGUGCUUGUUUGGUGUUUUGGCGCUGGUGGUCAGUUGGGCCUCGCUCGGUCUGGAAAUCGCCGCCUCUGUGACCUCCAGUGACUUCUGCGUGGCUCCUGACAUGUACGUAAUCCAACUAGCAGACCAGCAUGGAGUCAUCAAUCAAGAAAUCCUCAAGUACUACCUGAGUUGCAGUUUGGACCAAACCAACCCUUUCCAGCAGAAGCUUUCUGGGAGCCACAAAGCGCUCGUUGAGAUGCAGGACGACGUGCUGGAGCUUCUGCGAUCCGCCACCGGGGAAUACAAACAGACUCAGGUAAGCUUGGAGGAGAUUCAGGGGAUACUGAACACCACUGAGAUCAGCCUUCAUCAGCUUACCGCCCUGGUGGACUGCCGCAGCCUACACAUGGACUACGUCCAGGCCGUGACCGGGGUGUGCUACGACGCACUGGAGGGCCUCAUCUACCUGGUGCUCUUCUCCUUUGUGACGGCCCUCAUGUUCAGCUCCAUCGUCUGCAGCGUUCCUCAUACCUGGCACAGCAAACGGGCUGAGGAGGAGAGCGAUGACGGCUCCCUGGGUCGCGGCGGGAGGCAAAACCACGACAACCUGUACCGCGUGCACAUGCCGAGCCUGUACAGUUGCGGCAGCAGCUACGGCAGCGAGGCGUCCAUCCCGGCCACCGCACACACCGUCAGCAACGCCCCCGUCACCGAGUACAUGGCGCAGAACGCCAACUUCCCCAACUCCCGCUGUGAGAACACUCCUCUGAUCGGACGAGAGUCUCCUCCCCCCUCGUUGUAUUUGACUCCCGCCCACACUAACAGUGGCCACAGCUGGCAGUUAAAGCCUUCGGACAGCUCGAGGUCGUUUUGGUAACCUUCUGGUCUGCUAUGCUAACAGUACACCUCCAGCAUGCGGGCAAAGUACAUCGCUAACAGCCGACCGGAACCCCAGAACACGCCCCCGUCGUCAUCAAACUAGCAGGAAAUGGACCUCCAAUAUCUGCCACUUCUUUUUUUUUUUUUUUUUUAAAACGUCACUCCCAGCUUUCUCUUUGAAGUUUUUAUUCUCCAAACAUCCUCGGAUCGCUCCUUCUUAGCCGUUUUCCCGGCGACUUUUCACUGAAUUUCACUCCCAGCUUUCUCUCUGAAGUUUUUUACUCUCCCAACAUCCUCGGAUCGCUCCUUCUUAGCCGUUUUUUCACAGAAUUUUUCCUUUUACUGGAAGGAAUGAAGAAAAAAAGACUUCACAUGUCCUGACUGUACCUGAUAUAGUAUUCCUUUCAUUCUUAGUCUUAACCCUGGUGUUGGGGACCAAGUCAAUCCUGCACAACUUGCAUGCAUUACAAGCCUGAAACGGAGCAUUUUUUUUUUUAAUCCAAACAUUUCCCGCAGCGCUGACCAGCCACAAAGCUGUGAAUUUGGAGGAUUUGAUUUGUUGCAUUGGGGGAGAGAAAAAAAACAAGAGGUUUCUGUCAGAAGGAUGAAAAAAUGUGAAUCAAAAGAGGGUUUAAAACUUGACUUUUUUUUUUUUUUUUUUUUUUUGGACAACUACUGGAAAGCGGAACAUUUUUUUUUUACAGUACCACUAGGUUUCUUGUUGGGUUUUUUUUUGGAAGAUCGUCCGCCUCGCCGUCUUCAAACCUGCUCACUGCAACAGCAAAAAAACGGAAAAAAAAACAAAACAAAGGGCGCUUAUAACAGUGCAGCAGUUUACAGUAAAAGACACCUGUGUGCAAGUUGAUGUGAAAUAAGCAUUUUUUUUUUGUUUUGUUGUGGGGUAGACUUCCAAAGCUUUUUGCGUCGGUAUUGCAGCGUCUCACAAAUGUGUUUUAGCAUUUUUUUUUUUUAACAAAUAGAUGACUACGACCGGAUGUUUAUGCCAGUUUACAGACGGUGCCAAACAAACCUUUUUAAAUGUCUUAAAUGAGCCUAAUUUUUUUGUUUUUUUUUUGUUUGGCCGUCUUAUUAUCUUUGUGUGUCAUUGUUGAGUUACUGAAAUCAGACUUUUUUUUUGUUGCUUUAAAUUUGAUUGGAUUUUUUUUUUUUUGCUUUAUUUUAAUAGUAAAAAUUAUGUGGAUAAUAAUAGAUGUUUUCCUUUUUAAUCAGGUUUUAUACAGUUAUGUGAUCUCAAACUGUGGUUAAUGAGCUUGAACGCCGUGUUUUCAAAAUUAAAUACAUUUAACUGUA